AUGGCGAAAAAAUCGGAAGAUGUUUCUUCUGCCGUUUUUCUGAAUAAAGUUGAUUCGUUUUCUAUAAGUAUGACAACAAUAUGUAAAAGAUACUUAGAAAACGCUCCCAAUGUCGAUAUAACUACUCCAGAAGGAGAAAAACAAUUUCAGAACUUUUUCGAGAAUUUCGAUUUUAAAGAUGAUGGAUUUCUGCGAUUUAUUACCAGUGUAGCUCGUUUUGGCUCUUCAUUUCCUACGAAAAGUUAUGAAAUGUUCACAGAAUCUUUUCCUAUUAUAACAAGCUCGUUAAAUCAAAUGCCGAAACUAGCAGAUACUAAUCGUAUAGCUUUUACCGAGCGUUUGCAUAACGUGGACUGGUCAAAUCCCACACAAAAAACUUUAAUAUUUUUGUUAACUCAACUUGUAUUCAGUGAGUAUCUAGGUGAAAUGCUUCCAUACUUAAAUUCACUAGCAAAUGACAAGAUUUCGUAUUUCAUUCGAGAAACUAUUCAAUUUGCAACUACAGAUUGCAUCACAAACUCUGCUCUUGUUCGAAAAGUAAUUGCCCGUUCGCGUAUAAAAAUUAUGUACUACAUUACUAAGCUAUCUCCUGAGUAUUGUUUCGAUAAAAUUUCCGCAUUCCUUUCUAACGCUUCCAUGGAAAUUAAACCAAUCUAUUACUUGAUGUUUUCUUCCGCCCCCAUCGGUUUAGUCUUUAAACCGGUCUACAUGGAGACUUUAGUUCCAACAUUAGAAGUUAUCCAAAAAGCAACAGAUCGAUUUCUUAUUUACACUGCAUCAAAAUAUUACAUGAACGUCGUUCUACAGAUAUUAGUACAAAAUCCUUCUAUGUCAACUUCAUCUGCUUUUACUCAUAUUUAUGACGACGUAAAGAAGUUAAUAACAGUUCCGAACCAAAACAAUGAACUCGAAUGUUUAUUUGCCGCUCUCACGAACUUCAUUUUCGUAGAUAAAUGCCGAUCCGCUGAAACAUUUUUCCAAAUUCAUGUCAAACAAUGCCAGUCGAGCAAUCCUGCCAUCAUGAGAACAGAUAAAACAUUCAUUGAUUCACUCUGCAUGAAGAUGGCCGUGAAAUUAAAAGGAGCAAACUACGAACCACCAGUUUUGCUGGAAGAAACUCACCACGACUUGAAAUGGAGCUGUGAUGUCGGAUCAACGGAUCAGUUCUACCAAGAUAUCAGUAUUUGGCUCAAACAAAAUAUUUUUGAAUUAAAUAAUAACAUCGAUGCGCAUGCAGAGCUUCUAAAGAUGUUAUAUGCCGUCAACCAUAAAGCAUUCCUUGAAAAAAUCCUGCCAAUUUUGAAUAGAAACGAAUAUAUAAAUUCAAUAGCGACAGGAUUAUGCAAAUCCGUGAUCUAUGUGCUCUCUAACAGACCAGACAUCCAUUUUGUUGACAUUGGAGAGUACCAAGUCCAAGUUCAUGACAUAAUAAUGAAAAAAUUAAAAAUGAGCAGCCAAGCAGACCAAAACGUCAGUUUCGACAUGAACUCAUUAACAGAAGCCCUUCAAGCAUCAAUAAAUGAUAAACCGAUCGCUUUACAGAAGAUUAUUGAGACAUUACGCGAAACAAGCUUUCCUUUCCCACUUACUAAGCGAACGACGAAGGUAGACAACCAAAUAGCCAAAGAACUACAAGCAUUCGACCAAAGGAGCCACAAAUCCUUCAAAACUGACAAUGUUUCGGAAAUUGAAUUUCCGAAAUCUCUCUAUGACAGGCGUAGAAUUGAUGAAGAGCUUGCCAUACAUGCAGCCUUGUAUGUUGAUCUCCAAUCCGACCUCGUUACCUUGAUAUGCCAUAGAUUAUUUUCAGAAUCAGUCUACACAACUGUUCUAACAAUCAGAGCUUUACAAGCUGCCAUCCACUUGAACAAGAGAUUGAGUGAAACAAUAUUUAAUAUGUUCGCCAAGAUGUUUUUGAAGACAAAACUGACAUUUACAUCCAUGGUUACAAUUAUUGUUGCAAUGAUUAACCUGAUAGAGACAGCCAAGUACGAAGAAGCGACUUAUUCACAGUACUGCAUCAACUCCAUCAAUUUCAUCAUCGGAAUGGGUCUUUGCGUUCCUCAUCCACAGUUGAGAGAGAGGUUGUUUAAAGUUGCGAAAGUUUUGAACCAAACGAAAACAAUCAAUUUGUCAAUUGUUGAAUUCAUAUUGAAUAAUGAAGAAGAGAUCUCCUCCAGAGCUAUUUCCAAUGCUCUUUCGUUUACUUCCGCUUUAUCUAACAUCAACAAAUCGAUGUUACCGAAAAUUAAUUUUAGAAGUGUCUUGGAAUCAAAUUAUUCUUCUCUUUAUUUGUUUUAUUUGAGUAGUCUAGGUUUCCAUUUAUCAAAAGGAUCCUUUGCUAAUGAACAUGAAGAUAUUGUCGUCAAUCUCAUGGAAUUCCUUAUGGGAAUGUUCUGUAGACAAUCUAAAAAUCAGGAAGAUUUUAUGUUCAUUUACAAUUCAUCGUCACUUUUAUUCGCAAUUUCUGAUGUUUACGGAAAGAAAAGUGACGUAAUUCAAUACUUUGCCAAACAUAGGAUCCAAAGUUAUUGGUCAAAGAUGAUAGAGAAGUUCAAAGAGUCUGAUUUGAUAUUAUUAGCAGGAAUCAUUUCAAACAUGUCGUUGAAAAUUUUCCCAGUAUUUGCAACGAUUUUGUCUAAAAGAAAUAUCAAUUUCCAGUACAUUAUUUGUUCGAUUAUCAGAUUGAUCUGCAAGAGGAAAGACAAUAAUAUACUUGAUGAGAAUGGAGAUGUUACAUUUAUCUAUUAUAACUCUCUUUACAACAUUUUGUUGACAUUGAUCAAAGGAAAAGUUGUUCCACAAACAUUGGAGUUCAAAGAGAAUUCGAACAAAAGUAAUACUGUUAUUGUUGGUUUGUUGACUUUCUUUGGCGAUUGUCUCAAAGAAGUUUUCACAAAAAUAACUCAAUACCACAAAGUCAACAUCAGUAUUACUUUUACUGGAGAAAACUUGACUUAUUUGUUCUGCAACAAUUCGAUUGGACAUUCAUUUGAUACUGAAAUAUGGUUCACUUUCUUCUGCAACAUAACAAGUAAUGUAGAAGCACCGUAUUUGAACUCUUUGACUGAAGCUUUUUCUCUUUGGAUGAGAAUUUCAAAGAUUCCAACUGAUUUGUUGCAAAUUUUCUCAAAGAAAAUACUUAAUGACUUGAAAUACUCUUUUAUUAUUUAUAACGCGUGUUUCGCACAGCAUCCUGAAAUAACAAUCCUUGAAUUCAUGGAGAAAAGUCGUUCUUCUUUCCCUAUUUUCAUGGCAAUUUCUGAUCAACUGCAUUUUCCAAAUAAUUUGUUGUUUUAUUUGCCAAAAAUAGAGAAAGAGACUGAUUUGAUAGAGAUAAUAAAGAACUCUAAUCACUGCAGUUUGUAUUACCAAUACUGCGGAAGAUUGAUGGCUCUUUGUUUCAUGUAUCUCGCGAGUAAUUCUUUGAAUGAAAGAAUUUACGCUUUUAAUUUCCUCGAAAAACUCGUUUUCAUUUCCAUGAUGUAUAGAAAUGAUGUUAUUUCAUGUGUGUCUACACUUAAAGUGUUCCAAAGUAUAAAGAACACUUUGGUUUCCUCUUUCUCUGUCUUCAUUCAGAAAGAAAUCUUCAAUCUUUCGAGUGAAUUGGCGAAAACAUUUGGUUUCUUGAGCGAACAAUUUGCACAAGAAAUCUUUUACAUAGUCAAAUUCAUGAAGAAGAAGAGAAACAAAAUGACGAAUAACACUGUUCCUGCAAAGAGAAGACCUACAUCUCUUAAAAGAAGAGUUACAACAAUUGCGAAAAUGGAAACAAUUGAUGUAAACACUCCAGAAAUUUUAACAACAUUGAUGCCUGAAUGGUUAACUCCAAUUUCUUUCGAUCUCCAGAAAUCAGGUAUUUCAAGUCGUUGCGAAAAAAAUUUCAAGUGUUACACGUUGUAUCUGUUUUUGCAAGAACUGUUGAGUUUAGUCACUGUCAUUGGAAUGAUUCAGCCAAUAUCAGUGAUCAUGGGUGAAAUUAUUGAAAGAGAUUUAUCUUUCCUCAUUUACGUUUUGUUGAAUAUUCAAGUGAAUGCAGAAGAUAAUCAGUUGAAAGCAUCAAGUGACUUAGUUCUGAUUUACAUUUUCUCUAAGAUGCCUGAGAAGUUCUACUCAAUAAUUGUCCAGUAUUUGGAUAUCUCGACAUGGUACUUUUACAAUGUUUUGAAUGGAGGACAACCUGAAGAAAAAGAAGGUCUGAUUUUUGCUGAACAAGAAAAUAUUUAUAAUGUUCUUGCUGAAAUAGUUUUGAAUGUAAUAUUGCAUUGCUACAAUGAAAACCCUGAAGCAGCAUCUCCUUUGAUAGAACAUAUCAUUUUGUUCUGUUCUAUUUUGUUUGCGGAAUGCAGAGAAGAGAAUUUGGAAGAAAAUGAAUAUCCGACAAUUAUCAAAGUUCUGAAAAAAUUCGGUGUUUGGGUUGAUUCCAAAUCUCUUCCGAAUUUCAAGAUGUUAGUUUUGAAAUCGAUUUCUUCACACGAUAUAUUGAUGUGGGGAUUAUGUUGUGGACAUAUUGUUAUGUCAGGAACAGCUCUUCAAAUUUUCUUUGACUUGGGAUAUUCCAUUGAUUCAACUCAUGUUAAUUUGAUAUUGAGAGCGAUGCAAGCUGUUUCUAGUAAUCUCAGUGAAAGAAGUGACAGUCAAAACAAUUCUAGAUUCAACAAAUACAUCUCUGUUUUGCAUUUCGAAUCAAAAAGAAUCAAUCUAAAGCCAGCAAUUCAAUAUUUAACUGUUGCUUUGAAUAUUUUGGAGAGAUAUAUCAUUGAUAAAUCCGAACUUCCAAGAUCAAUAUUCAAUGCUGCAAUACAGUUCAUGAGGAACACAAACAUGUCUUACAGACCUAUCUAUGUAAUAAGUUUAUCUAUUGUUUCUAGAUACAUAUCAAAUGAUCAGUUUUUGUCUGAACUUUCUCAAGACAGCCAAUUGGACAUUUUGAAUUUGCUUUUCUCAGCUCCAAGAGAAGACAAAUACGCAAAUGUCCAUGAUAAUCCAUUCGCGCAAAUCCUUAAUUGCAUGAGAACAAUCAUUUACACAUGCAUCGAAAAGAAAAUGAUCUUUGUUCUCACAAAAGAUAGAGAUGCUCCUGUAAAAGCUUUGUUCGCUUUGUAUCCUUUCAUGUGGGGAAGAUUGAACAAUAUACACUCAAUUCAUAACAUCGCUGAGUAUUACGCGAAAAUUUAUGGUUCUGAUGCAAGAAUAUUAGUAACAAACGCUAUUUCAGGCCAAUCAAGGUCAUCAAAGAAUGCUGAAGCGUUUUGGAACAGAUUCAAGGAAUAUUUGCAGCCGGAAUCAAUAAAUGAUUUGUUGAAGUUCUACACUUUGAUUGCUUUCAAUGGAGAUUCAGAUCAGAAAGACGCCGUGUUUUGGAUGACGAAUUUCAUGGCGAAUUCUUUCAAAGAAUCGAAUUCCAAGGAAAUCGCAGCAAUCGCUUACGCAGCAAUUGAUGUCGGAGCAAUUAAUUCCGAUGCUGUUCUUUCUUUGUUGCACACUUUGGUGAAGAACUUUUCCACUGCGGAAGAUAUCAAACAAACUGUGAAAAUCCAGAAAUUUACUGAUGUCGACAUUUAUCCGAGCCAGGAAAUCUUCAGAUGGAAACCUCAAGCUGACGAUGUCUUCAGGGAUAUGAACAAUAUUCCUCCUCUUUAUGUUUGCGACAAUAUUUACUUGGGAAGUGAAUUUUCCGAAAAAGAAAAAGUCGCAAUACAAAGAAUUUCUUGCACGAGAUUGUUGAGAUUGGCUGAUUCAUUGAGCAGAGCUAUUCUACAAGGAAAGUCAUCUACAAACUUCUGUGAUGAAUUGGUUGCUGAUCCAGAGAGUUUCAUCAAUAAGUUGAUUGGAAUCAUCAAUGAAACUAAAAACAACGAAAAUGAAAAAGUCACAAGAAUAGUUCAAGGAGUUCCUUGUUUAGUCGCAAACAAUGAAGUUUUCACUCCAACUGAAGAAGAAGUCGAUUCAAUGUGCAAGGAUGCAAUUGAAGACGCGAUUUCUACUAUUUCCGAAUUGUAA